GGCGCUACAAUCAAAAAUUAAUAGGGGUUCGUCAGGUUUACUACGAUCGCAUUAUUCGUCUUCGUAAAUACAUACUGUGAUUUGUUUAAAGAAGUAUCGAGAUGAAAGCUUACUUCAAUCGGUAGUUUUUUUUCGUCGGUAAUCGAAUGAGCUAUAAGGUGUAACAUUAAUUUGUCCUAGACAAUAUUAUCUAUUUUUUCAAAGUCGUCGUCGUCCGAAGAUUAACUAACUCGUGCGUAUAUUCAUUCCUUACGAUCAGCUGACUUCCGGAAGUAAUAUAUAUUAUAGGGACGUGAGGGUUCGUAGGUACGAUCAACGCAUUUACGAUUUAUCGAAAUAUUAUUCUUUAUUUAUCUAUACUAUCGUGUAUAUCUGGAUGUAUUUUUUAUGAUUCGAUGAAUAAAACGGUUUCUUCGUUUUCAUAUGAAUUCCUGAUAUGCAUUAAUCCAUACUACGACGAAAUUUCGUCACAUUAUUGUAAAUAGCUAUUGUCGUUUGCAAGUACAGACUAUACAAUAUGAAUUCCAAAGAAGAUGGAAAGAUACAGGGAAAAUCUGAAACAAGAUUGGAUGGUGGCUUACAAAAAAGUGAUAAUCCAAAAACUGAACAGGGAAAUAGGUUAUCCAAAGCAACUAAAAUACAAAAUAAAGUAUCAGAUGAGCAGUUGAAAUUGAAUAAUAAUGUUAGUGAGAGUGAUGUAAAGAGUGUAUUACCCUCCAAAUCUUCAAUAGUGGUUUCUAAUGGAACAAGUUUGAUGCAAGCUACUACAUCGGGUUGCAGUCAUUCCUUGGAACAAGUUACUGUUUCUGAUACACCAAAUGCAAAUUCAUCUUCCACUUUUGUAAAUACUACAAGUGUCAUAUCGCAUAUCGCAAAUACUAACUCUGCAAGUCAAUUGAAGCAUAAGACCAUUGUAUAUGCAAAUACUCUUAACUUGCUUAAGCCUCAAAUGCACCUCAAUCUUUCUUCCAAUCAGUUGAAUUGUCAUCCGACUAAUACAGUUACAUCAGUUUCUUAUAGUUCUGUCAAUGCAUCAAAUGCAAAUACACACUUGAAUACAUCUAUAUCAAAUUCGUCCACUAUCUCACAGCAUUUAUCUAGUAAUAGAUCGAACGAUGAUACGGAUAUGAAAAAUAAUGUUGAUUAUGCAUCAGAAAUAGAAAAAUGUCCUUCUAAAGUUUCCUGCAGUUCAGAUUCCAGCCCAGAAGCUGAUCAUUUAUGUACCUCAAAAUCUUAUACGCCUGCUAGCGUAUUAAAUAAUAUUGGAGGAAGUAUAGGUUCAACUAGUCAAGGAACUUGUUGUUUUCUAAGACCUAAUAUCAAUGGAAAUAGAGAAGUUGCCGGACCAAGUGGUUUACAAAAAUGUUUUCAAAAAGAUACAAUUGACAGAAGAGAUUCUAGUUCCGGAAAUGAAGGAGAUAUGUCAGACGGAGAAGAUUAUUGUAUUUAUACGUAUAAAGGGAAUGAUAAUAUAGUUAAUUUGGAUCAGAAAGAGGAAGUAAAUCAAGGCCAAGUUGUAGAGCAUGAAAUCGGACAGUGUCAUAGUGGUAGAUCUAGUCCAGAGAUGGACUUUCUAGAAAUGGACUUUGAUCCUGGACCUUCUUGCGAGCAGGAUACAGGAGACAGCGAUUUGGCUUCUAUAAAUGAAGACAUACAAAAUAUAACAUUAGAUAAUGCAGAGGCAGAUCCUGUUUUAAAUGAUUUGAGUAGUGGUAAAGUUGUAUCCAGACAAGGAAUAGCAACUGUACCCCAACAUAACGCUCAAACCGGACAGAAUGUUACCCAUACAGCCAUUCAACAAUGUUCUAACAGUCGAUCAACCAGCGAGCAAAGUUCCAAACAAAUUUAUUCAUCUUCUUGGAUGCCAAGUACUAGCAGUGGAACUGGAUGCCAUUCCAAUCUUCAUGGAAGGACAGAAUCUAUUGGAUCCCACAGAAACUUAGGAUGUCCUCUACGUGAAUCUUAUGGAUAUCAUAAUACAAGUGGUGAUUUAAUAUCUCCUGGAGAUAAUCGAGAUUCUGACUCAGAGUUAUGGUCAGAGACCUCUACUGUAUCCAUUCCAGGAAACUCAAAUUUAAAUUCAAGAAAAGUAAAUCUUAGCUCUACCCUUUAUCAUCGAAUGAUGGCAAAAAAAUUAAUGCUUAAUAAACAAACUGCUUUUAAUCAGAGUGGCGAUUCAAACUUGGAAAAUGAACUAUGUAAUGAACAAAUUGAUGGACUUCCACCGGUUGAAAAAAUAAUGUUGUGGAGCGAGCAAGAGGCUACGGUUAAACAAGUCACUCAAAUCGCAACUUCUGCAUGUGGUGCUACUUCUGCCAUCAAUGCUUUGUUGGCCUUGGAUGUUUCCUUCUCUUUAGAAGUAUUGGUAAAAGCUGUAAGUACUAGAUUAAGAGAUCUUGGUUCACCACUUCCACAAUAUUUAAUGAGUAGAUCGUUGGCGGGUUCAACUCAUAAAGACAUAGCAAAAGGAAUAUCAUUAUCGACAAGUGGAGCAGUCAUUACAAAAUUUUUUUCCUUUUAUCCUGAAAGAAAAGUUUCACUUUCACAUUGGUUACAUUAUUGGAUUUCUAAAGGAGCUGCACCUAUAGCUACAUUAAAUCUACAACAUUGUGGUGAAGGUUCUGAUAUUCCAGAUGCUUGGCAUCAUCAAAUGAUAUUUGGCGUAGGACAAGCAGGCAUAUAUUUAACGAAUCCUUUACAAUGUUUACCAGAACAGCUAGUUUGGCAUCAGCUUGUUAGCCCUAGUAUUUUAUUAGUGAGACGAGCUGAUGUGUUGGCACGUUGGAAUGUAAAUACUGAUUUAACACUUCUUGCAAAGAUGGAUCAGAAAUGGAGGAAACUUAAUGUUCUAGGACAAGUUGUAAAUAUGAUACGAGAAGCAAUGAAUCAGAGACAACAGCCUAAUGUUACAACUAUUGGUACAACUCAUAUUCGUAUACCUGCAUCUUACCAAGCAGGCAUUACAUUAGUUAUGUGUGCUGAUUCUGCAGCUGCUACUGAAUUGUUACAUGCUGAACAAUUACCAUUACUCUAGUCUUGUUGAUCAAAAUUAAUAAAACCAGGCUGCCCUAAUUUA